AUGAAGAUCAACACGUCGUCAAUCCUUCUCUUCCUCCUUCCCGCCAUCUCGGCCGCACUCGCCGAUGGAUCAUACAAUGACAACAUUGAAUCUCGAGUCUCACGGGAGACAGUCGGCGCCAACGCCCGUCUCGCUGACUCGGAGACAGUUGCGUCAAAUGUUGCCAAAGGGGCGCCGGACGUCUCGGUCGAUGGCAAAGAUGGAAGACCGCACGCCGGUCCGUGGGUCGAAACCAACGCGGACCGUGAUCGCAAGGUGACCAAGGGCAGUGAUGGGAUUGACUUAUCAACAAAAUACGACCCCAAGAUUCCAUCGUCGCAGCAUUUGAGCACGGAAGGAGGAAAAGUGAUCCCACAUUCCAAUGGUGGCGUUAUGGAUGAUCCGUACCGGGCGGGCCCCAAAGAGGGCACACGCGGAACCGAGGGAGGUGUGUCCGGGAAAGCAAAGGAGAGCCAAUAUACGCCCGAAAAAGUGCCCGGAGGGCCAAAAGAAGCGCCUCCGCUACCCCACAGCGAGGCCAAGAAGCUGUCUGACAGCGAUGACAUUGUAAUCGGGAGUGGAAGUCGGACAGCGGACGGCUCGGGCUCGCUGGGCAAGCUGGAGAAACCCGCUGACCUGCCCGAAAAGCCCCACGAUAUCCCGCACCCCAAGCCCCCGACGAUGAUCAAGGACGAUUCCCUUGACCUCGACCACGGUCUGAAGGGCUCGGGAUCAUCCUCGAGCUCAUCCUCGAGCUCAUCUUCGCUAGGCCAUCACGAACAUGAUCUGGGUGAUGCUGCGCCUGAUGCUCUCCAUUCUCUGGUUUUCUCGUUCACCAUGAUCCUGGUCUCAGAGAUCGGUGAUAAGACAUUCCUCGUGGCUGCGUUGAUGGCCAUGAGACAUCCUCGGAUGGUGGUGUUCAGUGCCGCCUUCAGUGCUUUGAUUGGAAUGACAGUGCUCUCCGCAGUUUUGGGACACGCCGUUCCCGCCCUUAUCCCCAAAAGCUUCACCAAGUUCAUGGCCGCCAUUCUCUUCUUGGUCUUUGGUGCCAAGAUGCUCAAGGAAGGCCGUGAGAUGUCUCCUGAUGAGGGUGUCGGCGAAGAGAUGCGGGAGGUGGAGGCAGAAUUGGAGGAGAAGGAGCAUGAGCAAUUGCGCCUGGGCCGCCGUCGCUCGUCGGUCACCCCCCACAACCUGGAAGCUGGUCGUGCUGGAGGUCGCCCCAAGACUCGCGGCUCAGGCAACCGCUUGCCCUCUCCCCCGGAGAGCAUUUCCUCUUCUUCGUCUCGAGGUUCUUCCCCUCACCCUCGCCAGCGCUUGACUGAUGCCUUCUCUGGGCUGAGCAAUCUCUUCUCUCUCCUUCUCAGCCCGGCUUGGGUUCAGACUUUCGUCAUGACUUUCCUAGGUGAAUGGGGCGACCGCAGCCAGAUUGCUACGAUUGCCAUGGCUGCUGGGCAAGACUAUUGGUGGGUCACUAUCGGUGCGAGUGCUGGUCACGGAAUCUGUACCGCCGCCGCCGUGAUUGGAGGACGGGCGAUCGCUGGUCGGGUCAGCAUGCGCGUUGGUAUGUAUCUUCUCCUCUGCUACAGGGCUACCACUAACUCUUUCAGUUACCCUUGGCGGCGCUGUUGCCUUCCUUGUAUUCGGAGUCAUCUACUUCUUUGA